AUGAGGGAUGACCUCUUGCUCCUCCACUACCUUUUCUUCUCCAUCUCAGAUUUCCUGGAGGGUCUCUGUUUCUUGAAGGAGGUGGUGGUCUCCACCUACCACCACUUUCAAAAGAUGGUUCAUUGGCUUGCUCUGCUUGCUUUUCCAUCCAAAGACUUUCCAGUCAUAUCUCUGGCAGCAUUCUUAGCAUCUGCAGGGCUCUCAAAACAAGUGAUGUCACCACAGCUACCUAGAAGAAUGAUUUCCCACAGUGACGCAGGUUCUGUGAUGUCAUUGGCAUCACAAAAGCCAGCAAGGAAAUUUGCUAUUGAAAUAAGAGGGGGAAGGAAUCAAACCCCCAAGACGGCGGCGGCGGAGGAGCGGAUGGCAGAGGAAGGAGGCGGCUUCUCUUUGGGCGCCGGCUCUACCCAGCGGCAGCCCCCACCGCCUCCGCCACAGCACCCGCAGCGGGGGUCCCAGGCGGUCCCGGGCUCCCAGGCGCUCCCAGCGCCGGCGCUGGCUCCAGACCAGCUGCCUCAAAGCAACACCCUUGUGGCGCGGCCCAUCGUAGCCAUUGAGAACAUCCUCAGCUUUAUGUCCUACGACGAAAUGAGCCAGUUCCGUCUGGUUUGUAAAAGAAUGGACUUGGUCUGCCAGAGAAUGUUGAAUCAGGGAUUUCUGAAAGUGGAGAGGUACCAUAAUCUAUGUCAGAAACAAGUUAAAGCACAACUCCCAGGGAGAGAGUCAGAAAGGAGAAACCAUUCAUUAGCUCGUCAUGCAGACAUUCUUGCUGCUGUUGAAACAAGGCUGUCACUAUUAAAUACGACUUUCAUGAAAUAUGUGGAUUCCAAUCUCUGUUGCUUCAUCCCAGGAAAGGUGAUUGAUGAGAUUUAUCGCGUGUUGAGAUAUGUCAAUUCUACCAGAGCCCCUCAACGAGCUCAUGAAGUACUUCAAGAAUUAAGGGAUAUAUCAUCCAUGGCAGUGGAGUACUUUGAUGAAAAGAUUGUUCCAAGUUUAAAGAGGGAAUUACCAGGAUCAGAUGUGUCUGGAAGACUCAUGGGCUCUCCUCCAGUUCCAGGACCGUCUGCAGCCCUAACGACAAUGCAGCUCUUCUCCAAGCAAAACCCUUCACGACAAGAGGUUACCAAUCUCCAGCAGCAGGUUAAAACGAAUGGUGUUGGUGUGACUGUUGUCAGGCGUGAAAUUUCUGAGCUUAGCACCAAAGUGCAAGAACAGCAAAAACAGCUUCACGACCAGGACCAGAAACUGCUAGAGCAGACCCAGAUCAUAGGUGAACAGAAUGCACGGUUGGCAGAGCUAGAACGCAAAUUAUGAGAAGUAAUGGAAAGUGCUGUAGGAAAUUCCUCAGGGUCUGGGCAGAAUGAGGAGUCCCCUCGGAAACGAAAAAAGGCUGGGGAAGCCAUAGACUCUCUUAGGAAAUCUAAACAUCUUUGGAAUAGAAAGUAA